GUUUGGCGUUUCCUCUAAUUGAGAGUCAUAUUAAGGUAGGUUGUUUCACAUUGUUUGUUGUGGGUGGUUGUCUCCUGUGUCUGUGUAUGUCGUUGCCCCACACGGGACUGUUGUCGGUUUGUUUGUUUGUUUUUUUCGGUUUAUGUAGUCUGUUCCUGUUUCAUGCGUUCUUCGUUAUAUGUAAGUUCUUAUGUUCAGGUGCGUCUACGUCGUUUGUUGUUUUGUAGUUAAUCAAGUAUAGUUCGUUUUUUGUCUUCGUUGUUUUGUCGUGUCUAAAUAAAUAUCAUGUCUAAGUAUCACGCUGCGUCUUGGUUCAAUCCAUGCUCCUCCUCUUCGGAUGAAGAGGAAGAGGAGAACCGUUACACCUGGAUUCCUAAAUCAUAUAUUGGCCUUUCUUUUGCAUUUCAAAGAUGAUGGUACAAAAAAGCGCAUGUUUUUUUCUUUGUAUUAUCUUUUAUAAGAUCAAAUGUGAUAUAUUCUCCUACAUUCAUUUCACAUUUCCACAAACUUCAAAGUGUUUACUUUCAAAUGGUAUCAAUAAUAUGCAUAUAUUUGCUUCAGGUCCUGAGCUACAGGCAGCUAUAUUUGGGUAUGUCAUUUUAGGCGAAAAUUGAAAAAGAAAGGGGAGGAUCCUUAAAUUAAUAGGCCUCUCUCACGGAAUUAGCUGUAACGGUAAUGUUGUGUAUGACAAUACCAAGGCAGGACUUCUCGCGUUACGAAAAUAACAACAGAUGUAGAUUCCAGAAGUAAAAUUGCCUACAGAUGUGGUAAGAUACGAGCCACGGUCGACUCCUUUUGCAUAACUUUUUUCUUUGUCUUUUUUUUAAAGUCGCAUAUGUACAGUAUAUCUCAUGGCAACAUUUGAGAGAGAGAGAUUCCUACCGAAGGAAGAAUAUAUAGUCCAGCUGUGAGCCGCAUCCAUUCACGACGAACCACUGGUGUUUAUGAAGAAUAAACACGUUCUACCAUCGAGGGGCAGUCUGUGAGCCUUCUUCGUUAUAACGGGUGUGUGUGUCUGGUUCACUGUCAGAGGGGAAAGAUCAGAGGUCACAGUAGGUCGGGGGCUAGAGGUUAGGGAUCAUGUCUGCCGUGGCGUUCCAGGACCUUCCUCUCAACAUCUACAUGGUCAUCUUCGGGACCGGAGUCUUCGUCUUUGUCCUCAGCCUCAUCUUCUGCUGCUACUUCAUCAGUAAACUGAGGCACCAGGCUCAGCGAGAGAGGUUUGGAUACAAAGCGGUGGUAUUCAAAGGGGAUACAAAGAAACUGAAUCUACACGGGACAUGCGCCGUGUGCUUGGAGGACUUCAGAGUGAAAGAUGAGCUAGGAGUGUUGCCAUGCCAACACGCCUUUCACCGGAGUUGCCUGGUGAAGUGGCUGGAGGUGCGCUGUGUGUGUCCCAUGUGUAACAAGCCCAUCACUGGACCACCUGAACAUCACCACAGCCUGGGCACACUACUGGAUGAACUGGUGUAGCGCAUUGCUAUGGCGAUACAGUUCGAACGGAGUGGUGUAACAUGUUGCUAUGACAGCACAGUUGGAAUAGACUGGUCUAACAGACUACACGUCGUUAAAGUGAAUUUACCGGACCAACUGUUCUGAAGGUCCAGGGAGAAAACCACAACAAUGGAGAGAAAAAAGAUUCCGAUUUCAGACCCUCGUGUAUUGAUAACGAGACGGGACACAGAGUAUUAUGGGUACUGUAGUAUAUCAUACUACACCUUAUCAAGUGGAGUCUGACUGCCCAAACCUCUACAGUGCUCACUCAACCAGUUUCAGGAAUGAGUGCAGGAUUCCCAAACCAAACUCUGGGACUAAAAUGUCCCUCUCAACCCGCAGUCACUGUCUGGACGAGGGGCUACCUGUUGAGGGAGAACUUCAGGUAACUCAUGGGCCACAUUGCAGAACGCCCAGAUAGAAAAAAAAUAUGAUGUAGAACAGACAUGCUUCUCUGAAAUGUAGAGUGAGGAAUCGUGUCAGCUCUAGUUGUGGCAUUUCUAUCUGCAACAUCCAGUAUGUUGCAUCCUGGGGAUGAUGACAUACAUUUAUUAUUAUUGUGACACGUUUCCUGCCGACUACGCCGUGUGUGUGUGUGUGUGCAUGCGUGUCUGUCAGAUCUGCAUCCUGCUUAUAUUAAGUGGGUGUGACAUACUCCUGUUUUGACCUGUAGGAGGAACCUACGACGACAAUGUAUUUAUUCUGACCAGUAUUUCCUAUAGAUUUGCCAAACAAGCCUAUGCAGUUCAUUGUAUUUAGAAUGAAGAGAGAUUGGGACGCAUUCCUUCAUGUAUGGUACACUGAAACUGAAACACUGACCCAAUAGCUAAGUCGACCUUCCCUACGUGUACACCGCAAAGAUUUUUCUAUUGGAAUGGAAAUCGUAAGACAAUAUCUGCUUUUGUAAAUAUGAGGAAAAAGUCCAAGGGCAGUGAUUUGUUCUAUGUCCUACCGUGUUUGUGGUGUGUGAACGAACAGUCCUCUACUGUGUAUGUAGAGGCAGGAGGAAUAGAAACACAACUCAUCUGCCUUAAACCCCCUCUCACCUCUGGGUCUGCUCUGAGAUACGACACGGGCCAUGACCCAAUACUUCAACCAUUCCUCUUCCACCCUCCCUUCCGCAAAGUAAUCACUGACCUUACUGGAUGGGUAGAAGACGUUCCACCAUAUAGCUUCCAUCAACACAGUCAGGUCGGAUCUGUGAAUAUUUAGUAAAAGAGGUUGAAAGGGUGCAUUUUGUAAGUAUUUUACAGUCCUGUUUCAGUUGCCAUGUUUGUGCCCCUGUGAAUGUUUCAGGGGUCGGUCACUUCUCAACACCGUCCAUCUCUUCAUCACAGAGUGUUAUUAUGGACUGCCCUCAUACGAACAGUUACACCACGAAACCUGGAAGGGUCACUAGACCAAAGUCACUAGAGGGCCAGUCGGUCUCUGCUUUUACCGUACUUGACAUGACAAUUACAAAGGAGUUGGCUGAAGCAGGCACCCAAGCUACUAAGUGGCCAGGCCAGAGCGAACAAGUGACAAUAUUUCAUGAGAACUGACAAACAAAUUUGUGUGCCAUCUGUUAGGGGUUAACCGUUUACACUCGUACCCGUAUACCGGUUGACAAGUGAGUAUUUGGACAUUAUUAUUUGGACACUGAUAAGUGCCUAAAUUGGAACGCAGAGGCUGUACAGUAACUUGCUAUGACAUCAGAGCUCUGGGUCUCCACUUCACAGCGCUGUAUGGGUUUUGAUUGACAGCGGUUCUGAACUUGACCCGCUGCGCUCGACAAGAAGUACAAAUCCAAUUUAAAUUGUAUUUGUCACGUGCUUCGUAAACGUUUACAUUUGAGUCUUUUAGCAGACGCCCUUAUCCAGAGCGACUUGGAGUAGUGAGUGCAUACAUUUUCAUACUUUUUUCAUACAACAGGUGUAGACUAACAGUGAAAUGGUUACUUAUGGGUCCCGCUUAAUUAUGGAUUCCAACAAGUUAAGAUAAAGAUCAAAAAUUCAUAAAAAAAAAAAAAUGAAAUAGUGACAUGAGGAAUAAAUACACACUGAAUAACGAAUAAUGAGUCAAAGUAACAUGGAUUUAUUCAGGGUGUACCAGUACCAGGUCGAUGUGCAGGGGUACAAGAUAAUUGAGGUAGCUUUGUACAUAUACACUGAGUGUACAAAGCAUAAGGAAUACCUGCUCUUUCCAUGACAUAGAAUGACCAGGUUAAUCCAGGUGAAAGCUAAGAGCCCUUCUUGAUGUCACUUGUUAAAUCCACUUCAAUCAGUGUAGAUGAAGGGGAGGUGACAGGUUAAAGAAGGAUUUUUAAGCAUCGAGACAAUUGAGACAUGGAUUGUGAAGAAGGGCCAUUCAGAGGGUGAAUGGGCAAGAUAAAUGAUUUUGCCUUUGAACAGGGUAUGGUAGUAGGCGCCAGGCUCACCGGUUUGAGUGUAUCAAGAACUGCAACGCUGCUGGGUCUUUCGCACUCAACAGUUUCUCCUGUGUAUCAAGAAUGGUCCACCACCCAAAGGACAGCCAGCCGACUUGACACAUCUGUAUUUAUUAUGGAUCCUCAUUAGCCAACGCAGCAGAUACUCUUCCUGGGGUCCAGCAAAAUUGAACUGUGGGAAGCAUUGGAGUCAACAUGGGCCAGCAUCCCUGUGGAACGCUUUCGGCACCUUGUAGAGUCCAUGCCCCGACAAAUUGAGGCUAUUCUGAGGGCAAAAGGGGGUGCAACUCAAUAUAAGGAAGGUGUUCCUAAUGUAUGGAACAUUCAGUGUAGGUAGGGGUAAGGUGACUAGGCAACAGGAUAGAUAAGACACAGUAGCAGCAGCGUAUGUGGUGAGUGUAAAUGUGUGUGUGGUGUCAGUAUUCAUGUGUGUGUAUUGGCGUGUUGAGUGUGUGAGUAGAGUCCAGUGUGUGUACGUGCAUAGUGCAAGAGGGUUAGGAGGAGGAUGUUUUCUGCCUCCUGAGGGGGGAAGAGAUGCUGAUGGGCCCUCUUCACGACUGUGAGGGCCAUGCUAAUUCCUUAGUGAUGUAAACACCGAGGAACUUGAAGCUCUCGAUCCGCUCCACGACAGCACCAUUGAUGUGGAUGGGGCUAUACUCGCCCCUUUGUUUCCUGUAGUCCACAAUCAAGUCCUUUGUCUUGCUGAAGUUGAGGGAGAGGUUGUUGUCCUGGCACCCCUUACCAGAUCUCUGACCUCAUCCCCAUAGGCUUGCAGUCUGUGCUAGCGAAACCGUCCUGUUUGAGUUUUUGUCCUGGUGCUUCCUGUUUGAGUUGCCCCCAUCCCUCCCACCGUUUGGCAAUUUAGUUCUUUUUUUGUUGUCUGAGUGAGGGAAAUGCUGUAAAUUAUGAGGACUCUAUGUAAAUACCGCUUUGAUGAUUAUGUGUGUUGUAUUACGAAGAACGAUUGCCGAGGACCUUGCAUCCGAAUGCACCCAUGAUUCUAUUCUUUGCGCACCAAAAUUACGAUCCGCUUCUUUGAAUUGCCUUGUGAAAGCCUAACACUGUAUGAUCAUAUUUUAUAAUUUAGCUAGUCAUGUUGGCAAUAGAACAAGCUGUCAAAUUAUGCCCCCCUGAACCAGAUUUGGAUUUAUAAUGCACCAUUUUUUUGAAUUGCAUAAACAACAGUAACUUCUUUGAGUCUUAAAAGUGAAUUUAAAUUACUUAAGAAUAUUCUCGAAAGUGUGCACAGUUCCUAUGUUACUGAAUGUAUCCAUCGUAUUUUCAGGUUUCAUUGUCAACAAAUGCGGCGAAAGUACAGUAAAUGUAAAAUGCACAUAAAAACAACAGUGUAAUGUUUGGAUUCGGGCUUGUGUCAGGUGAACUGUCGUGUCCUCACCUUUAGUCUAAUCAUUUUCCGAUAAUCUCCAAACUGUUCCCUUUUAAUUGCUACCAUGGUUAUGCAUACGCUUUACAUAUUUCUUCCGUAAGAAACAUUUCAAUUUAGCCCUGUUACAAUUACAGUAAGCUCUUUACUUCAUAACCAGAUAGUGAGUUGUACUUUCCUGUGGCUUGCGAAAGUGUCGCAAGAGGAUAGGCCUAUUGAUGCACAGACAGUAGCCUAGUAACGUGUGUAUGAGUCAUCUGAUUCAUUCGGGGGGUUUAAGAUUAGAACACUGAGCACCAAAAAUCAAUGAAUGUGGAAAAUGCGUCAGAAAUGGGACCCUAUUCCCUAUAGUACACAAAGAAAUAGAAUGCAUUUUAGACGCGCCCUCUUUCAGACGCAGUCUUGAGGUCGGCUACAACAGGACAGCAGCUCGAGAGAUGUGGGACUGGGGUGGACGUGACUAUCUGGUCAUGCUGGCGAGGACAGCGCUUUUCAAAUGCAAUGAUUUGAACCAUUUGGCCUAAACCUUUACUCUUAAAGAGAUUCUCUGGUACUUUUGUAUACUUUUAAGCCGGCAGUCGUGAGCGAAAAGUGGUCCCAGAAAAUUGCGUACUACGUCACAUACCGUAUGUGCAGAUAUGUGCACCAUGUCAUUGCUCUCUCUCGUGUCUGCUGAGCCGUUGGGCCGGCCCUGCAACCUAACGUUGGGCAGGCCUCUUGCUAGCUGUCGCUCAAAUGUGAAGGGCUGAAACUCAUUAGCUAGAACUGAAAUUGGCCAACGUUUGGAGCAAUGUAGAGAAAAUGGAGUGGCACAGCGUCAAGGAAACAGUCUUCAUUGUGGAAACAUCCCAUUAGCAACAAUCAAAACUCUAUUAAAAAAAAACAGUGAUAUGAUCCUCUGAAACGACUGUUAUAAGUAUUAAUGAAGUUGAUCAAUUGUGAGCAGUAGCCUAGAGGAGCUUCACAUCUCACAUAACAAUGACAGAAUAUACAGAUCAGACAGGACAGGGACAGGCCGCCCUUCAGUGUCUGGUGCAAUGGACAUGCCGCAGAACGACCAUCCCUGUAUGUAAAGUGCCUAACAUUUGCAAAUGCCUGUGUGUUUGUUAACACCUCACCAAAUAAGGUUAUUAAACAGAAAAUUGACAAAUC